AUGCUUGGAAUCCAUCUUGAAAGGUCACGGAACGCACCCCUCACCGUAUGGAUUCGCAGUACCAUCGACGUUGCAGAUCAUUCCUUUCUUUCCCUCAUUUCAACCCUCGCUUCCUGUAUCGAAAAUAUAUUCGUUUUAUGCAAUCGUCUUUGUUCCAUGCAAGGCCUUUCCCGGGGUCGGGGGAGUUUGAAUAGGCUCUGUCGUCUGAAAAUCAAAUCAGUGGAUGCUACUGGUCAGCCUACGUCUCGGAUACAUGAUGGAUUUGAUUAUGCAGGAAAUUUGCGAGUCUUCGAGGGGGAGAUGCCGCAGCCAUUGGUCAUUCCCUUCAUGUCCUGGAGCCAUCUUGCCCACUUAAUGUUUCCAGUCUACGGUACGCAGGACCUUGAUCUUCUUCUACAGGCGAAGUGUAUGAAGAGUCUCGAAAUUAACGACAUGGGAAUCACGAUCACCCAUGCGAGGAAUGGCACGGUAAGAGAAGCAUACAGCUCUCUCCUGACAGAUUGA